CGCUCUUCCAUUAUUAUUACUGUGUGAUAUUCUCUCACGCGGAUUCCCCCUCCACAACCCCAUGCUCUCCGCAGACCAACGCCAGCGCGCACCCUUUGCCCACAAAUCCUCCUGCGCCAACCUCACUGCCACACAGCCUUCCGCACUCCGUUCACCCUUCCCCCCACAAUCUCACUGGCCGACACCCCCAUCGGCAGAAGGCCACCAGCUGCAGCUCACAUCAGACCGCUCAAAAUGGGCUCAAUACCCCUCCCCUCGCAAAAUUAGCAACGAGACAUGUCAGGCAGGUUUCAGUGAUCAUCCAUAUGCGUUUGGCGGGAUCGGGGCAACAUACUCACUCGACACGCCUACUUCGCGUCGUCACUCCCUGCCGUCUUUAUUCAACCCCAAUACUCAUCGCCGCGCGUUUACAUUUCCGUCUAUGUCCUUGCCGAAUCCCGCAACCGUUCGAUUCAUAUCACUGUGUUUCUUGUGGUAUGCUUGCUCAGCCAUUUCUAAUAAUACGGGGAAAGUGAUCCUCAAUCAUUUUAAAUACCCCGUUACGCUUACCAUCGUGCAAUUCUUUUUCGUCGCGUUCUAUUGCGCUAUCUCAAGCCAAAAGAUGUUGGGGUGGACUGGCAGGCUCAGACAACCAACAAAGAACAUUCUGAAAGGAACACUGCCCUUAGCGGCGUUUCAGGUGGGCGGUCAUAUCUUUGGCAGCAUGGCGAUAAGUAGAGUGCCAGUUAGUACUGUCCAUACAAUAAAGGCGUUGUCGCCCCUCUUCACAGUUAUGGCCUACGCGCUCCUUUUUGGAGUUUCUUACUCGCCGGCAACUUAUUUGUCAUUAUUACCGCUCACACUGGGCGUAAUGUUGGCCUGCUCUUUCGAUAUCUCCUUUUCAAAUAUCUUCGGCCUAGUAUGUGCCCUUGGCUCUACUAUCGUCUUCGUCUCCCAGAAUAUUUUUUUCAAGAAGAUUAUGCCGACAACAAGUACAAAUGAAGUCAACUCUUCAUCAAAGCUUGACAAGAUCAACCUACUUUACUUCUCCAGCAGCAUGGCUUUCAUUUUGAUGAUUCCAUUGUGGAUUUAUUCCGACGCGCGGCGAUUAAUUGAUCUGUGGAUCAAUCCAGCUGCUUCGGAAAGUGGAACGUCCGUUCUUUUCUAUUUUUUCCUCAAUGGGACCGUCCACUUUGCUCAGAGCAUCAUCGCAUUUGCAUUGCUGGCAUCGACAUCUCCCGUCACCUACUCGAUCGCAUCCCUUGUCAAACGCAUAGCUGUCAUUUGCUUGGCCAUCAUAUGGUUCAAACAGCCAGUUCAUACAGUGCAGGCUCUUGGUAUCGUUCUCACAGGCGCAGGAUUGUGGAUGUACAAUAACGCAAAAAGGGACGUCGAUAGAGGGGAGAUCAAGAUGAGGCAUGUCGAGGCUCUCAGGGAAGGUGUGCUGCCGUCCACCAAAAUGGAUCAAUGUAUCCUUGAAGGCUCGGGAAUCGAGCUCAGCUACAAGUCAGCACAUAAUUCUCCCAAACCCACGUAUCCCAACAAUUAUAUAGACCUCCCCAGCUCUACAACGACCGCGGUCAACAAGACGACAUUUCAAGUUCCACCGAUACUGGAUCAUACAUCGCACAUUGAAGCUCCUUAUCCUUCUCCUCCCGCAUCAAUUUCUUCAUCUACUCCUGCAGAUAUCACGUAUCUUGGCAUCUCUAAAGGUCGUCAACAUUGGUUGUCCGGCGAAGGCGAAAGAUUCCGUCCACCCGUUUUGAAUUCAAUACGGUCUUCUGUCAUGGAAGAAGCAAGGGAAACCGGUGUAAAUGAAGGUAUGGCUGCCGUAGUUACGACUUGAUCGCAUCCGCAGUUGGCUUGUAGAAGGUUGUUUACAAUCAUAUCACGUAUUUAGCCGGAAUUAGUUUCAGUAUGUGUACAAUUUUCUUGAGGUAUUCUCAGUAGACCCAAUAGACAGUUCCUCAUUUCCACCAAAUACAAAUAGAAAUAUCUUUACCAUUGCAUAGUAUGAUUUCUGCUUCGUU